UCUCUCAAACUCUUCUCUUCUUCUUCUUCUUCUUCUCCUUCUCCUUCUCCUUCUUUUCAAAUUAAUAGAUAUCCAACUUAAUUUGAAUUCGCCCCCGCUGGUUAUGGGUUCGGCAUGGAUUAACCAUUCGUCGCUCGAUCUCGAUCUCAACGUCGGCUUCUCGAAAGGGGUGCUCUCAAAUAAUCCCAAGCAUGUGGUGGAGGACAAGUUCUUGGUGAUGAAAGAUGAAGAGAUCGGAGCUCUCGAGGCGGAGCUGAAUCGGGUGAGCGAAGAGAACAAGAGGCUCAACGAAAUGCUCGCGACCGUGGUCGCGAAGUACGCGACGCUGCAGAGCCAGCUGCAUGAUUUGAUGGCCACCUCCUCCUCCGACGGAGGGUCGGUCUCGCCGUCGAGGAAGAGGAAGGUCGAGGCCGCGACAAACCCCCCCGCGACGACGACGACGAUGAACUACGUCGCGAAUCAAAUGGAGUGCACCUCCAGCGAAGACUCGUGCAAGCGAAUAAGGGAGGAGUGCAAGCCGAAGAUCGCGAAGGUCUACGUCCGCACCGAUCCUUCGGAUUUAAGCCUUGUCGUGAAAGAUGGGUACCAGUGGAGAAAAUACGGGCAAAAGGUGACGAGAGAUAAUCCGUGCCCAAGAGCUUAUUUUAGAUGCUCGUUCGCCCCGUCUUGCCAAGUUAAGAAGAAAGUGCAAAGAAGCGCGGAGGACACGUCGAUCUUAGUCGCGACGUACGAAGGCGAGCACAACCACGGCCGCCCCGCUCCGCCGCACGAAGGGCACAGCAACGGCUCGGUUCGCGGCCACAGCGGUGCAGUCGUCGGCUCGAAUGGCUCGAAUAACGCUGCGCUCGAUCUCGUCCGACCGGAGCCGAGGAAGGAGAAGGAGAUGCAGGAGAUCAAUAAGAGCUUGGUCGAGCAAAUGGCGCUGUCGUUGACGAAGGAUCCCGGGUUUAAGGCCGCGCUCGCGACGGCGAUUUCGGGGAGGAUUCUUCAGCUGUCCCCUCCUCCUCCUUAACUAGGAAUAUUUAGAGGAGCUUGUGCUUCUUUUUUUUUUCCAUUUUCUUUCUAUUAAUUUUCCUUUUUUCCGAUUCCCAUCAUUUGUUUUGGGUUGGCUAUGCUCUUCCAAUGUGAUGAAGAGAUGGCUAAAUUAAUUGUAUGUAUAUAUGUUAUGUUAGCACCAAAGAUAUAAAAUUUGGUUUCCUGAGGAGGAAAUAAUGUGUUUGAUUUCUUAA